AUGGUAUCUGCCGUGGUGUUUGCCGUGGUCUCUGCCGUGGUGUUUGCCGUGGUCUCUGCCGUGGUCUUUGCCAUGGUAUCUGCCGUGGUGUUUGCCGUGGUCUCUGCCGUGGUCUUUGCCGUGGUCUUUGCCGUGGUCUCUGCCGUGGUCUUUGCCGUGGUCUUUGCCGUGGUCUCUGCCGUGGUCUUUGCCAUGGUAUCUGCCGUGGUGUUUGCCUUGGUCUCUGCCGUGGUCUUUGCCGUGGUCUCUGCCGUGGUGUUUGCCGUGGUCUCUGCCGUGGUCUUUGCCAUGGUAUCUGCCGUGGUGUUUGCCGUGGUCUCUGCCGUGGUCUUUGCCGUGGUCUUUGCCGUGGUCUCUGCCGUGGUCUUUGCCGUGGUCUUUGCCGUGGUCUCUGCCGUGGUCUUUGCCAUGGUAUCUGCCGUGGUGUUUGCCUUGGUCUCUGCCGUGGUCUUUGCCGUGGUCUUUGCAGUGGUCUCUGCCGUGGUCUUUGCCGUGGUCUCUGCCGUGGUCUUUGCCGUGGUCUCUACCGUGGUCUCUACCGUGGUCUCUGCCAUGGUCUUUGCCAUGGUCUCUACCGUGGUCUCUACCGUGGUCUCUGCAGUGGUCUUUGCCGUGGCCGGUCUCCCUGCAGCCUCCUCCGGGUCCGGCUCCACCGCCUCGGGCUGUUUAGGUUCUGGAGGGAUCCCAACUUCCUCCUCUAAUCAUGACAUCAUCUUGGCUCAAUGGGUUAAAGAUGUGGCGAGGAUAUUCCCCGCUUCCUUGUUCCGCGGCUCGCCAUGA